GACAGACAGACAGAGAGAGAGAGAGAGAGAGAGAGAGAGAGAGGGUAGAAAGAGAAGGAGGGAGAGAGCUGGUGGUCAGUUUGCUGCAGAGCUUCCGACCGGAGAGAUUCGUGGCCAAGUUAAACUGGACUACCCAAUCAGAGAAGACAAAUGAACCAGAUGAGAGUCUGAGCCAUCGCUGAGUGCUGCCACCAACAUGAAGAAGUGUCUGUGACUGUGUUGUUACAUUAUAGUCACGUGUAUGUGUGAACAUGACAUUUCUGUGAGUGUGUGCAUGUUAAAGAUGAAAUAGCGAGAGUGUGAGUGGGGUGUGAUGGUGUUCACCAUGUCUGAGGAUGAAAUCAUGAACUGCACCAUCAGCCACGAAAUCCACCAGUACCUCUUCUCCUGUGUGUACAUCCUCGUACUGUUGAUUGGCGUUCCCUCCAACUUGUACUCUUUGUACCACGCUGCUCUGCAGCUGAAGCAGAAGAAUGAGCUGGGAGUUUAUUUAAUGAACCUCACUGUGUCUGAUCUGUUGUACCUGGCAUCAUUACCACUGUGGCUACAGUACUUCUUUCAGGAUGACGACUGGAGUCACAGGGAGUGGCUGUGUCAGCUUUGUGGCUUCCUGCUCUAUGAGAACAUUUAUAUCAGCAUUGGUUUCCUGUGCUGUAUCAGUCUGGACCGCUACCUGGCUGUGGUCCAUCCUUUAAGGUUCACGUCUCUCCGCUCUAUGAGUGCAGCGUGGAUUGUUAGCGCCAUCAUCUGGCUAAAAGAGAUUGCUGUGGGCGUGGUUUUCUUCCGCCAUAAAGAACUCAGCCAAGACCGCAAGAACCAAUCAGUGUGCUUCGAGCACUACCCCAUGAAGCCAUGGGAGUAUCCCAUCAACUACUACCGCUUCACUAUUGGCUUCAUGUUCCCGCUGGCCAUUCUAUCGAUCAGCUACCUGUGCGUCCUUCGUGCCGUGGGUCGGAGCGCUGGGACACAGCCGGAUCAGAAGAUGAGGAUUAGGCAGUUGGUCAGCAGCACCAUCCUCAUCUUUCUUGUCUGCUUCUCCCCCUACCAUGUCUUCCUGUUGGUACGCACCCUGCUGGAGCGAGACUGCAACUUUAUUGCAGGAAUAUUUAACUACUACCACCUGUCGUUGUUGCUAACCAGCCUGAACUGCGUGGCUGACCCGGCUCUCUACUGCUUCGUAAGUGAAAGUGCCCGCCGCGGCCUGUACAGAGCCAUAUUCCGGCCUGCUACCAGGAUACUAUGCUGUUGCUGUCGACGUGGCAACGCCAGCCCAGGCAACCCAGCCACUGACUCCCACGAGGUGGCCACCGAUGAAAACAACGGUCAGCCAACCGUGAUGCUGCUCACACACACCAACACGUUCAACAGCUUAAAAAGAGACAAGAAAAACACAAUUUUAAUCACACAGACCGAUGAGAAAACUAUCACACCCUUAAUUGUACAAAAUAACAAACACACUGACAAAUGUGUGGACAGCGAUGGGAAGCCCAGCUGUGUGAUAGCAAUGGAGGAGCAGAGCCAAAAGACAGAGAGGACUGAAGAGGCCGACAAAAACAUCAGCUAAAAUGACAAGGAACCAAUCAGGAACCAUGCAAGUAGAGGUCUCAGAGGAGUGGGAUUAAGAGGACUCAUUACCAGUCUAAGCUGAACUAAGAGUGAGUGGAGAAUGCACAAGAGAGCAACCACAACCAACCUGCCUGUAGGGCUCCAAUGCAGCAGUGGCCCUAAUGAGAGCUGGCUGCCCAACCCAGCUGUGUUUACAUCUUCAUCAUCCAUUGGCAUUGGACUAAAAACAUUGUCUUCUUUCUCAAGUGAUUACACUGAGCUCUGGUCCAGCAGCUGACACCAUGUGAGAGCUCAUCACUGUAAAUGCCCUGUUUACAUUUCUCUGGUUUUUCUCUGGCAGUUCGAGAUUGACAAAAGGUCCUAAUGCAUCGGGAGGUUAUAGUGACUGUAAUUAAUAGUGCACUCAGGUACCAAAUCCUUGGAGGGGAACCUGCCAGAAUUCCUUUAAACAAUAGUACAGUACCGCUUUCUAAUGAGGUACCCUUUAUAAAGGGUCAUGGCAGGGUCGUGUGGGGGCUGGAGCUGAUCCCAGCUGGCACUGGGUAAGAGGCGAGGUGUACCCUUGACAGGUCAGCAGUUCAUCACAAGGCUGACACACAACACACUCACACCUAUGGAAACCGUAUUUAGAGUAAACAGUUAACCUGCAUGUCUUUGGACUGUGGGCACCUGGAGGAAGUCCACACAGAAAGAUCCCCGGUCACCCUCAGGUUUUAUAGAUUAGUUGUAAGCCAUUAUAAACAACAAUGUUUAAGUCAACAACAUUAGUGUAGCCUAAAAUCAUAUUGUGGGGGAAAUCAUAGAGAAAAUCUGGUGUGCCUUUAUGAAGUUACACCAGUGCGAAUAAACUAAAAUAAAGACCUGAAGGAGGGUGUGGUAGAAUAACCUGGGAGUCCCUGAUACCCGUGCAUAUGCGUGACCAUGCAGUUAGCAGACACAACAACAACAGAAUCAACAUUAAAUUAUACAGUUACAGAGGCAACAAAACAAAAUUUAAAAAAGGCACAGGAGGUGUUUCAGCCGCUUUUUUUACUAUGACAGUGAUAUCGCUGUACAGUUUCACAGACUCCCACUCAGAGGCUGGGGCCGGUGAAAAUGUCAUGGCGUGGAGUAGUCCCAAAUGGUCAACUCUGUGUCAGUAUUGGCCUUGCGAGGUUCAGGGUGAUUUAAAACAUGUUGAGCUAUUUUCUACCCAUGAAAUUCUAAUAUUCAUUAGUUUGGUAAGAAUGUCAAUAUUGACAGCAGCAUUGAUGAUGAUCACAGUACAGUCAUAUAAUUCAGUUUAUAUUUUAGUACUUCUUUAAAUGUUUUACUUUCAGUUGUCGCAAGUUAGUUCUUGACUGGUGUUAAUCCAUAUUUGACCAUAAGUUUACUGGGCCAUCUAAUCUCUAAAUAAAAUUAUUUAUUAAUCAAACCAAACGAAGAUCAAAUACAACAUUAAUAGGUAACUUGACAGGACAUGACAUUUAAGUCUUCUAAUUGUACCGUUACUAAUAUUUAUCAUGAUGUAACUGUAGGAAGAAACCCUUUAAUUAAGAUAGAAAUCAGUUUAUUUUUUGGUUUAAAAAAUGACUGCAAGACCAUAACAAUAGUUUGACCCUGUGUGAUAAAGAUAAUUCAGUAUCAGAACAAACCUAAAACGUUACUUGAAUUAAAAUGAAACUAUAGGAGCACAUCCUGAGUGCAUGGUAGCUAAUUGUUUUGAUCAGUGCAUGAACACAAUGUGCUGAGUUAGAGGGUUGAAUACUUAUAUUUAUGGGCUGCUAGGUAGGGACUGAACAUUUAGAAUAUGAAUAUCAACCAACUACCAACUUUCUACAGUGUUUUGUUCAGCAUCAUGUAACAAAUUUAAUUUAAUUGUAAGAGGAAGGUUUUUUUUUUAUUAUGCAGUUUUGCUUUAAACUGUAAUUUCUUAAUUACUGUAAAUUCAGUGGUCAUAAUCAUGUGACCGGAUUGUCCUUCCCUCUUUGCUUGUUUCACAACUUUGACCGUAACUUCAACUUUGAAGACUUACAUUUGUUUUAAAAACUGUUACUAUUUAAGGUUCAAUAUUUUUGAAAUUUUUUUUUUUUAAAGAAAUGAUUCUAUUUUGUAAGCAAAUGGCUUUGGGUGACUGGCAUGCAUCUGUCCAGGUCUGCUUCUGUGCUAUAAGGGAAACAAUGUCUAAUGUUUACACGUGGCUGUUUGCAUGGGAAUGGAACUAUUUUGUUGUCAUGGUCAUAAUUUUAUAUUGUUGAAUUUGUAAGUCUGUCUAUUAUUGGACAUUAUGCUCACAAUUUGCAUCAUUAUAGAUCUGGCAUAUUGUCAAAACUUUUGUUUGGAAGUAUAUUAAGUUCAGAACUUAAUUUGUUAAAGAACCUCAACAAAAACUUGCUCCACAGUGAUGACAUAUUGAAAGCUGUAUCUUCUAUGGAAAUAUACCAUUACUUUAAAUGUUAUAAAAGUAUGUUAAAUUAUAUGUAUGUGUAACUUUUGGGUCCAAAAUAUCAACUAUGACUUUAUGGUGGAAGAUUUAAUUGUUACAGAGAUAUGAUACCAUGGUCAAAGUAUCUUGUCAUAAUGAUAAAUGUUCAAAUUACAUAUCUUCACAGUGAUGAAUGUGAUAAAGAAUAUUUUUAUAAAACUCUGAAACUCUAUACUAAAAA